GAGCAAGUUGCAAUUCUAAAUUCUCAGAUUUGGCUCAUUAUUUGACCGAUAAAGCCAGUUUGAGUGCAGAAAUAUGGCAGAAAAAGUUUUACGGUCUGACAAAAACUCAGAGAACAACACAGAGUUUUUACCAUUAAAACGGAUAGCAGGAGCUUUCAAUACAUCAAUUAACGAGGAACAAGCAUGGGCUGUAUGUUUCCAGUGUUCACAAUGCUUAUUAAAUCGGUGGCAAGACUUGAAAUACUGCACCAUCAACUAUCACACAAUCCAUGUUUUCAAAGAUGGGAAAGUUUGUUUUGAUAGUGGAGCUAGAUCUACUAUCUCAGGUCUUGAUCAAGGUCAUGGCGACCCAGGAGAAGAAGAGAUUGUUGAACAACUUGGCCGUGCCAUAUAUGAUGCUUUAGAUCAUGGUCUAGGAGAGAAUGAAGAACGGAAAUUAAGCAGAAGUCUUGAAGAUCUCAUUUUCAAAAUGACACAGCAUGAUAUAGAUGGUGCUGACGAAGGAAUCGAAGAGGAUCAUAGGAUAUCUCUCGCUCAAGUUAUACAGGCUUGUGAGGAGCACUUAGGGUCCCACCAGGAUGCAAAGUCCCACUAUAAAGCAGUUUGCCGUGCUCUCGUCACAGAGGCUCUUGAACUUACAAGUUUUCUUGAAAAAAUUACAAAAGAACAAAAGAUCUUAAAGGCAGAACACAAUGAAAGCACUGAAGGAGAACAUUUCCUUGAGGACCUCCGACAAUCUGAUUGGGCGAGAUUCUGGCUACAAGUAAUGCGAGACCUCAGGCAAGGAGUCAAGCUGAAGUCAGUGGACAGUGACAUGAGGAUGAGGUCAGUGGAAUAUGAGUUGACACCAUACGAGAUGUUAAUGGAAGACAUCAGAGCACGACGCUAUGAGCUACGUCAAGUCAUGGCACCAGAUGAGGGAGGGAGUUCUCAAUGUGUAAAAGAUGAUGCCCAUGCUGUCAUUCUUGAAUUCAUCAGAUCAAGGCCACCUCUUAAGGCAGUUUCUGACAGAAAGUUGAAGCCUCCCCCAGAACAAGUUUUGAACAUCAGAGAGCAGUUGAUGAAUGCUAUUAGGAAAGAGCAUCAACUGAGGCCCAUUCCAGGAAAAAUAGUUGAGACUUCACGUACCAAGCUUUGUGAGGGGGAUGAGACUCCUCAGCCAACACGCAAGCUUAUUAAACCUGACCUGACCCUGUUGCUUUCAAACAGCUUUGAUGAAGAUGUUGAUGAUGAUGAUGACGAUGAUGACGAUUAUGAUGACAGUUUUGUGCUCUCCCCUUCACCCACCCCUGAGGAUGAGAGGUUCAAGGUGACCCCUUGUGAUUUCUCACCCUUCACACCCCCAGAUGGAGACCCACAGUCACCAUGGCAACAGAAAGUUAUUGACCUCACCUUAACAGAUCUAGAUACAUCUCGCCAUUCUCUGGAAAGACGACAUAGUAUCACAGUUUGUGAAUCUCCUAUGAACUCAUUAAUGGUGGCUAUAUCACCAUUUCAAGCACACUUGCAUAAAAGUAGUUCCUUAAAGCAUGGUUUAGAUGACUUAACUGAUGUACAUAAAGACAAAACAAUUCUCCCCAAUGGAAGGGAUGAUUCAACAGUGACUUCUUGUACUCAAAGUGGAAAUAAAAUUGAUGGAUCAGAUGCAAAUGCUGGCGCCAUCUUAAGGGAGACUCCUGAAAGGCGUAAGGGUGAAGCUAAGGCAUGCCAGUCGACUCUUCCUAAUAAAUCUACUUCAAAAUCACAUAGAAAACAGAUUGCUAAUUUUACGAAGAGCCUCCAGAAUCCACUAGAAUGUCUAUCACUGACAGUAGAGGAAGUGAUGCACAUUCGCAAUGUUCUUACCAAGGCAGAGCUGGAGACACUGCUCACAGUACCAGGCCUAUAUGAGUCUGUGGCAAGAGGAAAGGUGUGCUUCAACUGUAGGAAGGUGAAGUUCUCUCUACUGGGAGACUGGGGGACACACUGCAAGUUCUGCAAGAGGAAAGUCUGCAAGAAGUGUCUCAGACAGAUGCAGAUCCCUAGUGAACAUUUUGAGAACAUCCCUGUGUUUGCCCUCAGUCCUGGCCUGAAGACACCUAAAAAUAAGGAUCUCAUUGAAAAUGAGAGUUCUGGGUCGGCACCAAAUUCUCCGAGGCUUGCAGUAAAAGAUAUCAGUACCCCAUCACCAGAUGCAGUAAAUGUUAAUGGCCACAAAGCUGAGACUCUCAAUGUGAACACUUCUAAUAGUAACCCUGUGAUGCAGCGCUGGCAUAAAGCCCAACAGUUGCUGCUGUCACCUAGAAUGGGGAGGGGCUCUAUUGAGAGCCCUCUAUUGGCAAUAUGUACAGACUGUAAAGACAUGAUCUGUCAUGUGAUUAGGGCCAGCAGAGUGACUUUAGCUAAUGCACCUGACACAGGCACUCUAACUUUACCUCAGCCUACUCAAAGGAAAGUUAACCGUAACUUCCAUCUGAAACUGAAGCCAGUAUAUAAGCUGUAGAGCUUUAGAGUCUACAGUAAAACCUGUUUGAUGGAACCACCAGAAGCAAGGCUGUCUAUGAUUUAGACUUAUCAGUGAAACCUGUAAAAUAAAAUCAACAACGAUGGUUUAGAAAUUAUGUAAUCAGUAUCAUCUGAAAAACUGAUUGACACAUAGAUGUUAUAGGGCUAUCUCUAUCUCUCUGUUUACUUGAAUUAGUUAAUAACAACUCCAUAUUGUAUAAAGUGAAAACUCAUUGAUCAGCUGUGCACAAUUUAGUACAUAGUUCAUUGGACAGAAAUUUCACUGUAAGUUUACAUAUAAGUAAACAGAUUAAUAUGAGGCCACUUUGUGAUAAAGAUAUUGUAAAUAUUUAUAUUUAUUACAAGAAGGCAAGGCCUAUAAAUUUUGUAGUUAUUAUCAUUUUAUUAAUUUAUUUUUAGACUCUGGAUUAAAAAUCUGCAGUCUAUUACUUAUUUACAGUACAUGUAUUUCAAUUUAUUA